AUGUCUGCCACAAGCAGGUCUGCGAAGAAACCCCCGAAUGUAAGCUUUGUUUUAUUGUCGUACCCAGUUUGAUCAGCUCUUUAUUUUAAUUCUACGUUUUUACAGUUUCUUAAAUUUUAUUUCGAGCAGAUUUUGGAGAAGAAAGUUCCUAAAAAUCCAAAGUAUGAACAUGUCGCUGCAACGGUCGACACUGGUACGCGGCUGUAGAUUGAAUGUCAAAUCAGAUAUAGUUGUGAUUUUUGUUCUUACCCAGACUUGGUGCCCGAAUUUUAAGUUAAUCUUCUUUUUGUGUGAUUUUCUUCAGGUGCCAGCGUUUCCAGAUAUACUCAGAAAAUCGAAGAAAUGCGAAAAAGUUAGUCACUAAUCUUGCCCCAUCAUUGGUUAUCUUGCUGCUGCGGUGCUAAUCAAACGACUUCAUUGUCUGUCUGUUAUCACGUUUGCGUUUAAUUCUUAGUUGCCUGGUACCCAUCUAUAACAGGUGCAUAAAUGCAUCUUUUAACCUCGAUGAAUUAUGUGCCAAAAUUUGUUCAGCCAAAAAGAAGUGAAUUGUCACAACAUGACAGACAUGUCUUCGUCCAGGAAAGGAAUUGAAAUAUCCAUCUGAGCCCAUGAAAGUACCAAAUCGGAUGAUAUUGGAACAUUAAUUUGAUUAAGUCCUGUAUUUCAGUCAUGUGCUGAUUCCUUAACCAUGCGAUCAACAGACUCAGUGUUCCAUCUAGAAAUUAGUCAGAGUGGGUCAUAUGUCCCACACAGCAUUUGAAAUUGGGUCAUUUCCAAAAUGGUCUGGGUCAAACUAUGAUAAUUAUUGAAACUGACAUCAGGGUUGUCACUAAGAUUUCAAGUUGCCGGAUAUUUGUUGUUAGUAGCCGGGGAAGUCGCAAGCAGUCAUGGAGCCCCUUCCCCCCCCCGCCAAGAAGGUUUUGAAGUGCAGCUUUUACGGUUUUCGAAAAGGCAUUACCGCCCCAAAAAAGCAAUCUUCAUCAAGAGUACAGCUAUGAUUAGCGGUUUUAUGAUGAUCACGUCUUUAUUAAAGAAAACUACAACAUUCUGAGACACUAAAAUAAUAGUUAAAUUACUUUACGUGAAGGCUCGUUGGAGGGUUUUUUUAGUGGCCGCCAAAUGGGAAUAUACAUGUAAGCACCGGGCCUAAAAAAAAAGGACAGGUUGGCACCGGUCACGUUAUCUGCGCAGUCUUAUCUUCACGCAGACAAGGCGCAUGCUGGCCAGUGAAGUGUUAAAUCACAACGAUACUUUACAAAUGCUAAAAAUGUUGAAAGGACAAUCGAUUCUUAUACGGUGCAAAUGAAUUAACGUGCGCUGUAAAAUCAAUUGUAAAUCCUCAUUAUUUUAGUUAUAUGUAAGAACGAUACAACUUACGGAAAACAAAAGUGAAACUAAUAUUGCAAAUGAAUUAACCCACGCAGAAGCGGAAAGAAGAAAAGCGGACGAUGAAUGUACGAAAAAGCAUCAUAAACAUAAGGUUACUAUGGCUUGUUGAAAAAUAAAAGUAUGAUAGGGCUAAAACAAGCGUAACGUACGAAAAAUCGCGGGAUGAAAUGUGGCAAAACUAAACUGCACAACUGGUGACAUUAGUGGUCUCGAAUUUAUGAACGAAACAUCACUUAUCAUACGAAGAAACUGACCUACGGAAAAGCGUUUAAACGACAGGGCUAAUACUUUAUAAACGACGCUGAGAUGUCAAAACAAGACUCAAGGAGAAGAAUGUAAAAGUAAUGCAACUUCUUGGAAGUAGAACUAAGAGCAUGUGAUCAUGGCCUGCGGACAAUGAUCGAAUAUUUCCCGUUGACCGUGCGUUAUUUUAUAUACUCGAUACCUAAAGCUAAAUGUAGACAUGGUCACUUAAAUGUCCACAUAUUAAACAUGGUAAUCAGUCAUAGUCUUCAUCUUCAAAUUCUUCAUCAUAAUCCUAAUUAUCAUCAACAUCAGCAUCAGGGAGAUUUAACCCUCGGAUGAUGCCUCAACUUGUGAUGUCAACAGAGAUCUGCUCAGGUCUUUCAUCGUGAACAAAGGGUGCAGAACCCUUUGCCACUUCUUCGACAUGUUCAACAUAAACCCUACACAACGGUUGAAACUAGGGACUUUUAGCAUCGACAAAGGUGACGGCAGCGAAAACGUCACUUUUAAAAAUGAAUUGGCGUUUUUUCCAACUUUGUCGCGUUUAUUUCAAUUCGCUGAAAAUAGCUAAUGUAGACCAAUUUCCCUGGAGUUGAUUUCUUUGGGCGCACUCAAGUUUAGAAAGAGAAAGAAAAGUUUGUCGUCGCUUGUUUUACGUCCUCCAUAAAACGUGAAACUAGGCAUUUUCACGUCAUAGUCGUGCAGUAACGGCAAAGAAAUGUACAAAAAAGCGUGAUGCAUGUGCAAACUAGUUGUUUUGCUCAAUAAACCAAUUGCUUUUUUGACGUUCUCGUUGCCGUCGCCGUCGUCGUUGCUAAAACUCCCUACUGACAUUUCGCGAACGGAGAGUUUUAGCGCGUGUGUACUAGUACCAAAUCUAAGUCAGAUGUCUUUUUCCGACGUUUCUUAGUUUUUGCACGCGAGUAUUUCAGAAUUACUUAAACCUGCUGCAGAUGAAACUCGCAUUUAGUUUGAUGGAUAGUCUUUGUGUGUUUCAAAGGUGUGCCCUUUUGGUUUAAUUUAACGACGAAAGCAGCCGGGGACCAUGCUCUGAGUAGCCGGGGGAAAUCCCCGGCCCCCGGCCCUUAGUGACAACCCUGGACAUCAUCCAAACUAUCACUAUAUUAUAGUUUUUCUGCUUUUCAAGUUUUUGAUUCCUUUAUAGAAGACAGUCAAUUAACAUCAACUUGGACAGUGGCACUGCUAGUGGUACAGCUGUUUGAGUUGGCUUUGUUAUAACUGCAAAGCCGAAACAUUAUUUAAAACAAUGACUGACUCAACUGCCAUUCUCUUUUGUGUAAAAAAAAAAUGAACUUAGCUUUUGUUGUCAUUUUGUAAUAAACCAAAAACGAAAGAACAAAGUUAAGAAACGAAGGUUGAAUCUAUCAGCAAAGCAAUGUAAGUAGAAUGUACGCUCCAGGGCCACUCCAGUCUUUUUUGGAAUUACAUAGAACACCUGACACAAAAACUAUUCGUAAGCGCUUAGUCUGAAAUGAAAGUCAUUUCGUGCCCUCAUUUCCGGGCAGUAAGCACACCUAUUUUUUGUUAAAUUUACCUUUAUUAUUAUUUCUUGCUGCUUUGAAGUACUUAUAUAAGAGGUAACUUUUUUUGCAUCAGUUUGACUCCACGCUAAUUUUAUUUUGCGCCAGAACAAAGCUUAUAAGAGGCACACUACUUUGAACAGGCCUAAUUUUAUUCAAGGAGUUCUUAUUAGACUGGUGGAAAUGAUAGAAAAGAAACAUUAAUUAAAACGUAGUAUUAAUUUUCAGUGAUGUCUUGGUGUGGUGCAUGGAAGGAUUUGAUGACCUGUAGACCAUUAACAAGCCAGGUUUUAAUUUGUUUCAGAAUACUUCAUAAUUUAUAUUUAUUGAUAUGGGACCUGGUCCUCAAAUUUUCUUCUAUAAAGUGAGUAGAACAAGGAUUGGCAAGACCCAGCUAAUGAUGAAUUGAUUAAUAAUAAUACAUUUAUAUUGUGUCAUUCAACCUACCAGAUUAUAAAUACAAGAAAGAUGAAAUCUUCAAGAGAAUGAAGGUUACAACAUUAGUCCAGUUGGUAUGUACAUUUUGUCGAUUACCUGUAAUUUGUUAUCAGAUAGAAAAAGCUGUUCCAGGUUCCAAGAUAGUUAUGUGUAGUUGCACAGUAAAAGUGUUGUGAAAAAUGCAAGGAGACUGGGGAGAGAGAUCACACUUGUCGUAUUUUUGCUUUGCUUGUUUUAUUUUUGCAACUUCAACACUAUCUAAGAGCCUGGCAUAUGCUGUUUUCAGUCAGACUAAGUUACUGGUUUCUUGGUUACUACAUCAUUCAAACAAACGAGAAACCUUUCCUCAUGGGCUACUUUUAAGCACAAGCAUCAGCAGUGUUCUUUACAAUCAGAUUCUUUGCAUCACAUCAAACUUACACUCCAGAGUACCGAGGUCCUGAUAUUAUACAGUGGUAUGAUCUUGCACAGAAGAUCUUACUCUAAUCAAGUCAAAUCAUUUUUAUUGCGCUGCCCAUGAGGGCUAUGCCCAAUUAAAAAAUUAGUCACAUCUAUGUCAAAAAAAGACAAGAUGGCAGAUGGGGCUCACAGGAGGCUCUGCAUGUCUGAUGGGCCCGCUUCAAUAAGGCCGAUUUUUGUGGGAAGGGGACGGGUCAUUUUAGGUCUUCUGGCAGACAAGUUGGAAGUCGUUUUGGAAUGAACACAAACUUGUUGCAUGGAGUUGUCAGCCCUCUAUAUUUACACAGAAUGAUUGUCUAAAUACAGUGUUCAGUGAUGUAUACGUAGUUAGCCUGUGCGGGAGCUGCAGAAACAAGCAGCCCUCCGACAAUCCCCAUUGGAAAAACUUCAACUUAAGUUGCAGUUUUCUCUCUGCAUGUAAAAAGUCUUUCCUUACAAGAAAGGAAAUCUUUAUGCAAGUAGAUCGCUCCAUCAAAUAGAAACAUAUAUGUGUAUUCACUUGCCUUGGAUUGUUAGAAGGGCUUUAAAUGCAAAAUCCGACAGAAAUAAAACUGAAACUUAAUUUUUCUUUGCAAGUUUUCGGGAACAGAAUAUUACUGUUAGAUGUUCAUAACAGUAGAAGUCACUCUGCAGCCCCGGCUCAAGAAAUUAAUGCACAGUGGGCAACCCAAUGAGCCCUCACCAUUGGGGUCUUGAAAAUUCCAUUAAAUAUUCUCUUGAUAAUUAUUCAAAAAAUGCAUAACAUGGAAAAACAACACUUAAAAUGCUAUUUUAAUGCUAUUUUGCAUUUAUUGGAAACAUCGAUGAUCAUGUGGUCUCUGAAUUAUCUAAAAGGCGUGGUUGAAACGCCAAACUUUUCAUGAGCUGAACCUAAUUUGAAUUAAGGCCAACCAAGAUUAUUUAGUUCAGAUGCCGAUCUUAAUUCCUGGUGAACCAGAUUCAAAAGGAGAGAAAUGCUCAUUUCCAUCAAACUCCUUGCAAAAUACGUUAUAAUAAUUGCCCCCACAGGGAUUUCACCCAAAAGGUGAAAUUCCAAGGAGGCAUCCUAGGGCAUUAACUGUAGGGAGUUUUACUGACUACAGGCUAAGUUCACUUGAAAGACCAAGUUACCUGCAGGAUAUCAGGUUCAGACAGUUCAGGCUCUUUAUCCUUGGCCGGAAGCUCAUCUAGAAGAAGGAACUUCGAACCCAAACCAGGCUUAGAAAAGGUUGGGCUUCGCCAGGCUUUUUUUGCCCAUGGUACGCCACAUGAAAUGACAACCAUUUCUCAACCCAUACCGGAUCGGUCGUCGUCGGGUCAAAAAGGACCCCACCUUCUGUUGCACAUCAGGAUGGAGGUGAGAAGUAUGCGACUGGCGUAACAACUAUCAACAUACUUGUCAGGUACAAUAUCACCAUUGGCACCUGGAACGUGAGAAUUACCUUGCGAAUGGCAGGUAAAUUGGAAGAAUUGUCAUAUGAGAUGAGCAGGUACCACUGGAACAUCUUAGGUCUCUGCAAGGUACAGCCGCACAACAGAAAAACUUUGGCAAGACAUCCACUGAGGAGGGUCAUAAAUUAUACUUCAUUGGCAAGGUGGACAAACACAACCAAGGCAUUGGAUUUCUUGUUCACAAGGACAUUGUGAACACUGUCAUGGGCUGCCGGCAGGGGGCGGGGGGGGUACUCCCUUAAUGGGGACGUGUGGCCAGCCAGGGUAUGUUUUUCUGGAUUUUUGUCUUAAACAGGGUAUCGAAUUUAUCAAUUUUUGUCUUAAACAGGAUAUCUUGUCUUGGACGAUAAGCAGCAAAAUUUUUACAAGCUAUAAUGUUAAUUAAUAUUGACUUCCAUUGACUUAAACAGGGUAUCAAAAAUCGAAAUUCUGUCUUAAACAGGGUAGGAAAAUCAGUGAUAUUUGUCUUAAACAGGGUCAGGGUAUGAGGGGCCACGCAGCACCUCCCUACCCAGGGAUAUAUCGAGUACCCCCCCCCCCCUGGUGGCUGCUGUGCAGUCUCAAGCAGGCUUAUCACCAUCCGCCUGAGGGCAAGUCCAUUUAACAUCACAAUUAUACCGGUCUACCCCCCACACUUGGACAGGGUUGUCAUUAAGAGCCGGGGGCCGGGGAUUUUCCCCGGGUACUAAGAGAGUGGCCCCCGGCUACUUUUAUUGGAAAAUAGAAGAAAAAUAGAACCAAAAGAAAUCCCUAGCUGUUUGAUUUCCCCGCCUACUUGUUGUGUUUACCCGGCAACUUGAAAUCUUAGUGACAACCUUGCUUGGAAUAUGAUGAUGAUGCAGUUGAGGACUUCUAUGACCAUCUGCUUGAAGUCUUGGACCAGUCCCCCAAGACAGAUAAUUAUUCUUGUUGUGUUAGGCAAUUGGAAUGCCAAAGUAGGAGAGGAUGCAUUCAAGAACUGGACAGGCACUUGUGGAUGCUACUGCAACCCAGAGACAAAUGAGAGAGGUCUAAGGCUUCUGGAGUUUGCUUGCUACAACGAUCUUGUGCUGGUGAAUACACUUGGCAAACACUUGGUAUCCAGAAGAUGGACAUGGCAGAGCCCAAAUGGAGGAUACCAUAACCAGCUUGAUUAUAUCAUGGUUAGGACUAGGAGGCGCUUCAGGACCAGUGUAAACACCACAAAGACAAGAAGCUUCCAAGGAGCUGACAUAGGAAGCGACCAUGAUUUAGUGAUGAUGUCUUUUUGGCUACAUUUAAAGAGAUGCUGUGAUAAGGGCCUUCAGAAAAUCUGCAAUAAGAUAUGGCAGGCAGGAGAGUACCCAUACCAAUUACCCAGUCUCUUUAACAGUGCAAGAACUACCACAUGAUCAGCCUAGUAUGCCACCCAAGUAAAGUCCUGCUGCAGGUGCUCUUAAAUAGGCUGAAGCGUCAGGCAGAAUCAAUCAUCGCAGAAGAACAGGCAGGUUUCCGAGCAGGUCGCAGUACGACACAACAGAUCUUCAAUUUUAGGAUACUGUGCGAGAAGUACCUCCAACAUCAACAAGACCUCUAUCACACCUUCAUUGAUUUUAAAAAGUUGUUUUACAGGGUAUGGCAUAAAGCCCUUCGGUCUACUAUGAGGCUUUAUAAAAUUAAUGCCAACCUGAUCGAAGUCAUUGAAAACCUCUACAAAAAGGCCACUACUGUAAUCCACCUUAAAGGUGGCAUAGGAGACUAGUUCAGAACCACAGUCGGAGUCAGACAAGGGUGUUUUACUCUCACCGACCCUUUUCAAUAUCUUUCUGGAGAGAAUUAUGACUGACGCACUAGAAGAUCACCAAGGAACAGUCAGCAUUGGUCAUUUGGAGGCAGAACAAUUACCAACUUACCUUUUUGCUGAUUACAUUGGUGGCAGGAAAAGAGGAGGAACUAGCCUUCCUGGGGAUCGCCUGGAUAAGACUUCUGCAGCCUUUGGCGUGGAAAUUAGUGCAGAGAAGACCAAACUGAUGACCAAUAACGCAAAUGGUAUCAGCAUAGACAUCAAAAUCAACAGUGAAAAAUUGGAUGAGGUUGGAAGCUUCAAGUAUCUGGGUGCAGUUGUCACAGAUCAGGAAUCCAAACCUGAAGUACUGUCCAGAAUUGCACAGACAAAAGCAGCACUAGCGAGACUGAAGACCAUCUGAAACAAAAAGUAUAUCUCUCUAAGCUCAAAGAUCAGACUAAUGCACUUGCUGGCUAUCUCAGUACUGUUGUAUGCCUGCGAAACCUGGACAUUGACAGCAGAGUAUCCUGAAGAAAUUGCAGGCCACUGAGAUGAGAUGCUUUAGGAAAUUGCUUGGCAUGUCAUACAGAGACCACAUCACCAAUGAUGCAGUCAGAGACAGAAUCAGGCAAGCCAUUGGGCACUAUGAUAUAUCUUAACCACAGUAAAGAAACCCAAGUUAAGGUGGUUUGGGUAUGUAUCAAGAUCAGCGGGGCUUGUCAAGACAAUUUUACAAGGAACAGUGCAAGGAGGGAGAAGAAGGGGCCCACAAAAGAAGCGUUGGGAGAAUUAUCUCUCUGAGUGGGCAGGGUUGAAGUUUUGCAACACCCCAAGAGAAGCUGAAAACAAAAUCAAAUGGAGCGAAAGGGUUGCUAUGUCCGUGGCACCCCAACGGUCACCAUGACUACGGGAUAGGUAUCAAGGUGCAAUUGAUGCCGAAAUUUUUCAUGAACUUAAUUCAGUGUAUUAGGUUCAGCUCAUGAAAAGUUCAGCGUCUGAACCGGGCCUAAAAGAAAUUGUGAAACUUUCAACAAUGGUAACUAUUCUAUUGAUUUUUAGCUUUGGCAAUUUAUCAUUGAUAAUUUAUUAAUAUUUGUGCAUCCUGUCAGGAGGCUGGCUCGUAUGAAAUUAUGGAUGGGUAGAGCACCGAUAACUCGAACUCAGGUUAACUUGAACUCUCCACUAACUCAAACUGAGACCCAUUUCCCUUGGAUUUCACCCCAUUUUUCAGUCCUUUUUACUCGGUUAACUGGAACUGAGAUAACUCGAAUUCCUCACUAACUCGAACAAUCCCAAAAGUAAGAGCUCCAAAACACUGCUGUAUGAAAACCGCCAUAAGACAGUAUCUGAAAACAACAUUAAAUGCAGAGGUGUGUGACAAUGUUUUGCAAAUUGGCCAUAUUUUGGGGCGGGGUUUGGUUAGGGUUUCACCAUAAGAGCCCCAAACUGUUGCUCUCACUUACAAUAAGCAUCACAUGGCCACAGGGGUUUCAAUAAGCACCGACCACCACUGAAACGCUUUGGCUACAUUGCUCAGAGAAGUCAGCUACAUUUUCCUCCGAAGCAGCUAGUUUGAAUAAUGUCAUGGACAAAAAUAGAAUUUGUUCACGCGGAAAUGUAUGUAACUUUGCAUAAUUAUCAUUUGUUCAUUGCUUGCAGAAGUUAUCUGUGUGGCUAGUAAAUAAAAAUUUGACUAAAACCCAAAUCUUCUUGAAUGGAAACCUUCCUCAGUUUAGUCCCCAAAACACUGGAAAUCGCUUAUUAGGGCUUUGCAAUUUUACUAUUUUCUGAGGGAGCAUGCCCCCAGACACCCCUUGAAAACUUGGACUGUUGAUACAAUCGGUUACUCUAUUCAAAUCUGCUGGCUACUUCAAUUUUUAUUGAAACCUUUGAGGCCAGCUGAAAAUGAUGAUUUGGAGGCGUGUGACAAGAUUUUGAAAAUUGGCCAUCUUUUGGGUUGGUAAUGGAGUUAAGUAAGAAUUUCACUGUGAGAUCUCCAAAAUGUCACUCUGAUGAUAAGCACCAUAAGACUACCUGAAAUCGAUGAUUCAGAGGAGUGAGACAGUAUUUGGAAAUUGGCAAUCAUAUGGGUUAUUUCCUUUCCCCUAAUCAAAAUUUCACUGAAAUUUACCACUAUAACUAAAAUUCUGAUUCUUGUAACUCUACCUGGAUGCCAUUGCUCUUCUUUCUGUACAACAGGUAAAAACUAACGCUUCAGUAAUUAAUAGGUUUUAAUGGGUGCAAUGAAAAGAUCAUGUUUUAUCAUAAAAAUGCAUCAAUCAUGUUAACGUUGCUGUUUCUUGAUGAAUAAGUUCAUUGUCCUAUAUAAUGAAGUGCUGAAAAAUCAGUAACUAUAUGACAGUGUGUAUCAAAUGAAUAUUGUUUAAGGUGGCAAAUAUUUGAAUAUUCAAUCAAUCCCAAUGACUCAAACCCCCGCUAACGCUAAUUUGAACUGUUUUUCAUUUCCCGUCAGAGUUUGAGUUACUAGGGUUCUACUGUGUUUUGGUUGUGUUUGGAAAUAGAGUCUCCUAUAACCCUUUUGCAAAAAAUCUACAUCAUUUUAAUCUCACAUGUUUAUCAUGUUCUUUCAUAAAUCAUGAAGCAUGUAGUGUCAGAAAGUCUCAUGAUCAGUCAAUCCUUAAGCUUGUGGAUCAUACAAAAUAGAAAAAAAGAUAUUAGACUGCUAAAUACUGCGGUGUAUUUAUCAUUGUUUUUACAAAACAACAACAAAUUGUUUACUUUCAUUUUUGUUAAAGAUCCUUCAAGUUGCUGAAGCUGUUAGUUUGGAGCAAGAAAGAAUUAGCAUGUCAACAGCUGGAGGUUUGUUAAUUCUCAAAAAAAACCUCAUUUUUCAGUUCUCCAUACAUAACUUACACCUAAGUUAUAACUCAUUCAGUCAAUAAGUAAAGUAUCAGAGUGGAUGCACUACUCUCCCCAAAUGAGGAUUUAACAAUGUCUGAUAAUUUUGUAUUUUCCUGAAAGGUAAACUGUAGAUAUUUAUGGGUACUAUUCACUCUAAAUGUUGACUAGUGUUAUUCAUUACAGGUAAAGACAAGAAUAUGAAAAUUUCUUUAAAAAAUUGCUUUUAAUAGGUGAAAGUGUAAUGUCAGAUGAGACCAUCACUACUGCUGAAGAUAAAGACGCAGCAGCAGAAGCUGAGGGAGUACCGCCCCUGAAUCUGGAGGACAAUGAGGCACGGCCAGACUCUACAGCAAGAAAUACUGCAAGAUCCACUCUUGAAAGGUAAUUUGAUGCUGAUUUGAAAUACGAUUAGUCACCAGGUCAGCUGUUUCCUGAUCUUUUGACACUCUUUAAUUUGAUUACAGCCAGUUUGAAUGUAUAUAGGUGCAACCUCAUCAUAUUUUCAUGGCAUUAAUUGUCACAUUUAAGGCUGUUCAGUUUCUGCAUACUGUGUGAAAAGUCCUUGAAUUCUGUUAGCUUACGGUCCUUGAAAUGCAGGUAGGAUUUCUUUAUUAGGUCUUUGAAACUCUUUGAAAUUCACUACUUUGUUUACAGCAGAUAGAUUGGACUGUAAAAUUAGAUUCUUUUGCUGAGGAAAAACUUGGCUCAUCUUUGGUGUAAGAUUAAGAAUCUUUAAAACUCACAGGUAACUUAACAAAGAACUCAACACAAUAGAAAAAAAUUUUAACAAAGUUGAACAAAAAAAAACAGGAAGCAACAAUAUUUUAUUUCUGUUUCUUUAUUUCAAAUGCUUUGUCUGUACCUCAGACUGCAAGUCAUACCAAUGUGAUUGUCAUCAUGUUGUAAAGCAUUGUAACGGAAAUUGUGAACUGAUUGUAACCAUGGCUGAAGAAGUAAAAAUUGUAAAUGACUCUAAUGAGUGUUUUACCCAGAAAGUUGUCAUCAAAAGGGGGUCAAAGAAUGCCAAUUUAUUGAAUAAACCUUAGACCUUGGAAACUUUUAUUUGUCCUAGAAAAGUCCUUGAAAAGUGCUUGAAUUUUGUUUGCCUGAAGUUGUACAAACCAUGGAUUUUCUCCAUUUAAACAACAAAGAAAAUGUGAUGUAUGAGGUGAUCAGAAAGUGUCAUCUAUUUUUUGUUUUAUUUUGUGCAAUCAAUAUGCAAUCAAAUUUUUCUGCCAUUGAUUUUUUCUUUGAAAUCUAAUUAUCUGCUAAGGCCCAAGAACUCUCGCUACUUAAUUUAAGGAGCCAGUUCGCAUAUGAAGAAAAUUAAGAAUGAAUUAAAAUAAAUCCAUGGGAAGAGCAUGCACAUCCUUAAGGAAAUAUGUUAUCUUUCUUUAGUCUAAUACAUGGAGUAGGAGAAGUUGACAUCAGAGAUAAGGAUGAAAAAGACAGUAGAGAUAUUCGUCCUGAUGGAGAACAGCCACUGGUGCCAGAGGUGGAGUCACUUCCAUAUUUACUACUGGAUGUCAGAGAUGAAGAUGCGUACAAGCAAUGUCAUAUUAUAGGGGGUGAGUUUUACCAUAUCAUUUGAUUUGGUGAUAAGUUUUUUUUCCCACCACAAGGCUGUGCCUUAAAAACUAUUUGUAGGCAGCAGGGUAAUAAUAGGAGUUGUCCAAUGAGGGUCCUUUUUCAAGAAAGAGGGCCCAAGGUGUGUGACAUUUUUUAUGGCUUAGUUUGAAAUAGAUUUGUCUUCUAAAUAGCCUACUUCCUUUCUUUAUUUUAUUAUUUUUUUUUAUCGUUCAGUCAGCCUGAAUUUUCAAUUCAUUGCUGUCAUUUUUGUAAGUUCUAGAAUACAGUGUAUCUGCAACUGAACUGUGAACUGAGAUCUAGAACCUUGUGAAGCUCAGGUUUAGGACUUGCAGGAAUAAACUGGGAAAAAAUGCCAAAACAGAAAAAACAUGUCAUAAAAUUUAAAGAAAAAGGAAUAAAGAAAUAACAAGCAAAAAACCAAUGGACUUAAACUCGAAGGCCCUUGCUUGGCAGUAAGAGUCUUUGCCACUAAGUUAUGACGUACCUUUUUGCUGAUCCUUUAGGUAACUGCACUAUUAUUUUCAACAGAAGUAUCAAUUUGGUGAAGAUGCAAGAUUAUUAUGAUACUUUAACGUAUAACCUGUGUUUUCUUUGUCAACAGCACUCAGUUAUCCUUCUGCAAUGUUAUCAAGGUCCUACAACUAUUUCAACAAGGAAAUUCUUACAUUUGUAUCCUUUUUACAGUAUUAAUAAUGAUCAUUACUUUGUACAAAUAAUAAUAACAAUGGAACCUUAAUUUAACGAAACCCUAUGUAAUGGUUUUCUUCAGCCCGGCCAAAAUCACCAUAAAAUGUAUGGAGUAGAACUUCAAUAUAACAAACCUCGAUUCUAACGAAAUCCUUGUUAUAACAAACACAAUCCAGAAGCACAAACACAAAAUAUACCUUAAUAUAAUGAAUGAUUGUCAACGUGUGAUGAAGAUGAAUGCAAAACAGAUCAACGAGGAUAAAAUUUAUGCGUACAGUAAUUUAAAGCAGUGUUAUUUACCUGUUCUUGAGUUUCUAGUGCCAUAGCUAUGUUUAGAUCUUUACUAAGACAAUAGCUUUGUAUGGUAGACAAUAAGUAAAGAAAAAAUGUUUAUUGCAGUAAUUGGAAGUAAUAAUUGUUCGGAUCUAUAGAAGCUCGGCAUUGAAAAUCAAUAAAGUAUACUGCAAUAUAACAAACAUUUUGGUUGUUCUCCUGAAAAUUUGUCAAAUUGAGGUUUUUGAUAUAAGGAACACUCUAUAUAACAAACAAAUUUCCCCAGCUCAUUGGCACUUUAUUAUAGUGUUCCACUGUACUUGUCAACUCUGCUCUUUUUUCAACUCCAGGUGAAAGGCAGCACACCAAAGUGACAUGUUAUUAGGGCUUAUAUCAAGUACGACAGUCAUUCCUUUAAGCCCAUAAUCAUUUCAUGUAGAGGAAACAGCUCAGAAGUACACAGAAAACUUAUCCCAUCAUGCAUACACAGUGAACCUGUGCUUUCUGCUUCAGCUUGAAAAAAUAUCUUGACAAGACAACUUUCAAUGAGUGAGUUUAUUCGGCAUCCUAAAGGUUCAACUUCAAAGUUACAAUGCACUAUGAAUAAUAAUUUCUGUGGGAACUAUAAAGCUAAUUAUUUUAUGAACAGAGAAUAUUCUGUAUGUGGAAUAACAAUCAUUGGCAUGCUAAUUGAAUUGAUGUUAUAUUGUUUUGCAACAGAGCCCAAAGUAGCAGCUGAUCUUCAAGAUUGUCUACAGCCAUUAUAUGAUCUUGUCUAUUUUGAUAUUUAUCGUGAUAGCCAAUCAAUCUAAGGAAGGUUUUUAAUAUGCCAAAACUCAUUUAGUAAUUCCUCAACAUUAAUGUCUAUAAAUAAGACAAAACGAUAAAAGCAGUGUAAGAAAAAAACAUAAGAUUAGUAUUAGCACAAAUACAUUGUGUGUUGUUCCCUUACCCUUCAACAAAUUUGGCAUUUUAAGUACCUGCACCUCCUUCUCUGAAUUCCUAGUGAUGAUGUUUGAUAGAGUGGAUUGGAUUCUUUCCUGAAUAUGCCAACAACAGGUUAAGGAGAUUGAAUAGAAACAAACACUUAUUAUUAGGACAUAAUUUUUUUAUGUAUGCUUUUUCUUAACAUUUUCCCACAAUGAACAGAAAAAUAAAUUAGGAAAGAUAAUAAUUUUAUAUGAUGAAGAUGAAAGGAUAGCACCAGCAGCAGCGACAACAUUUGUUCAGAGAGAGGUUGACAAUGUCUUUAUGUUGUCUGGAGGUACGUUGAGCAACCUUGGAAAUAUUUAUACAUGUAUGCUGAGAAUACCCGAAAUGUCAAUGUCAGUCAAGUAGGUUCUCAAAAGCGCAGACGUGAGCACAAGUAGGGCAGUGUGGGAACCCAUCAUCCAAGUGGGCUGAUGCAAUAGGUCUUUUGUACAUUAGUUGAUCUAGUGAUCAACUUUCAGUAAACACGAAAAUAGUUCAUUUUUGAAACAUGUUAUUAGCACGAGCUGAAAGAGCAUAUUAAAAUUACGUAAACUGUAAAUCUCAAAAGUAGCGAUUGCAAUGGCCAAUAAAAAUUACAAGGAACGCUUUUUGCCACCCAGUCGCGCUUGAAUGGUUUUCCAUACAAAUCCUUGCAAAUUUGAAAUUUUCAAACUGUUAUGAAAUAUUUCCUUAAGCAUUUCAGGGCUCAGUUUCCUUUUAAUUUAUGACAGGCAAUUUGAGCCCUAAAAUGCGUAAGGGAAAGAAAAUUUCAGAAUUUACAAGGAUUUGUAUGGAAAACCACGCAAGCGUGACUGGGUGGCAAGAGUUGUUUUCUCAUACAAAUCCUUCCAAUUUUCGGCAGACAUUGCAAUCAGUACUUUUGAGAUAUGGCUGAAAGUUUACAGGUCACCUAAUUUUAAUAUGCUCUUUCAGCUCAUGCUAACAAAAUUUUUCAAAAGUGAACUGUUUUUGUAUUUACCGAAAGUUGGCCACGUGAUCAACUAUUGGAACAAUGUCAGUAAUUAAUAAGUUAUUUUUUACAUAGAAUUAUCAAUGAUCUAUUUUUUUGUUUUGUUUUUGUUCUUUUUAACUGCAAUGAAAGUACACCAAUGUAUUCCCAGUAUUGUUUUCAGUUAUUGCUGUCCAUUAAUUCCAUCCAUUGACUCAUGUUCAACAAGCAUUUUUAGAAAACCUCGACAGUAAGGUGUUACAAUACUUAUCAAUUUUAAAUUUUUUGAUUAGUGUCUGUUUUAAGAUGGACCUGCUCUUUCCCUGUCAGAAAACAUUUCGUUCAGUAUUGGAAAUACGGCAGGUUUUCAUGAGCUGCAUUGGGUUUUUGUAUUUACCAUUUAUUUACUAUUUAAACGGAAGACACUGGAAUUUGCUACUAUUUUCACUCGACUUUUUCUUGGUCCAGGAAAUUACCCUUAAAUUUUACAGCAAAUGAGUACAAUCUAAAAGCUUUCCACAGAUUUUCUCUGUCAAAGCCCCCCACCGUGGUUAUGACCAAAAUACUUAAUGUAAGAUUAUAUUUGACAGGUCUUAAAGUACUGAACAAAAGGUUUCCAGAAGGUCUAUUAACAGGCACAGUACCACAGUCCUGCUGGCCCACACCUCCCCCAUCACGGAAGUCUUAUGGAAAAACCAGCAGUGCAAGACAACCAAAGUCCCCACCCACCCCUGCGGACCAGAAGUGGUUUUACUCUGAGGGUAUCUUUUAUAAUCGUGAUACAUGUGAUUUGCUAUUUUAAAAAGGGGAGAAAAUGUAGUUUUGGACAUUUAUAGGAAGAUUUCUGUUGUCACAAACAGUAAUUUGUUUUAUCUUAUAGUAUGACAUACAUGCAGAGCUCUUGUUUAAGGCAUAACAGUAUUGGUUAGUGCUAAGUUACCGUUCGCUUUGGUUACAUAAUUCUUGAGAAAACUUUGUGUAAAAUUUUGCUUAAGCCUGGGUCUAUGUCAUCUGCCGGCCAGGAUUUAGGCCCUUUUUUAUUAAGUAAAGAAACCUGUUCAUCGUAAAGAAUGGUUGAAGUGUCUUUGUAACUAUACUAUUAAAGCUAUGUGUAGUUUUUGGAAUUUUUCCUUGGCUUUUUUUUUCAGUUAAGAACAAUGGUUGUUUUGCGUAUUUUUCCUUAAUAACAUUCAGAUCUGGCGAAGCUUGGGGACCAGCUGGAUGAGGAACUUUUAUACCAGGACAAGUCAAGUAAGUUUUUCAUUUCUGGUAACCUAUUAACAAGACAUCUUUCGAUUUCACUUCACUGUAAAUCAGAAAGAUCUGUUUUAGCCCUAAGAAUAGCUCCGUUUUAGUGAGUAAAAUACAGCCCUAUUUCUUGGGUCUAACGUGGCUCCCUAAAUUAGGGCCAAUCAGGGCUCUGUCUAGGAUUUAUCGUUUGCGGAAGAAGCCCCGAGUGGCCAAAGAGAUGCAAUCUGGUGCAUUUUGAGAAAUGUUACAGUGUGUGCACUGCCUUCGUCGCGUCGGGAUGAUUUUUCCGAUAUAGUUACUUUUAUACUGUAAUGAUAACUCUUUUUUGGGUGGGGAAGCUGGGUGUUUUUUUUUUAGCGGGGGGGGGAAGCUUCUACCCCUCAAAUACCCUAGACAGAGCCCUGUCAAUACAGUCCAUUUACCUGGGGCUGAUGUGCACUCAUGGGCUGAAUGAGUCCCAGCAAGGGUUGGAAUAGGCUUUCUAUGGGGCUGCUUUGGCUGCAAUUGUGCUCAAAUGGCUCCAGGAGGGGCUGAAUCAGACUUUGGCAUGCAGGGCUGAAUUCGCUUUUUGGGGCUGAAACAGAUCUUUUUAAUUUUCAGUGUUUAAACAUUUAGCUCUUUCCCUAGCUGCUUUCCCUAAGAAAGGAGUGCGUAUGAAACUAUUCUCCUUAGAGUUAAGCUCAUAAACAAUAGAUGAGAUUGGGUGUAGGUGCUCUAGUUUAUGGUGGUGCCAUGCGCAUAAGAGACAAACACAAGGUAUCCAUGGCAACCAGUGAACGGCAACCACCACCGUCACGCUGAUCACAAAGGUCAGUGGAAAUAAAAAACAAAGGACGCACAUACCUAACAGGGAGGAACGGGGAACGGAGAUCAGCUCGAGGCAGCUAGACGCAAAACCUGCUUAAUUACGCAAUGAAACUCAGCAAUUUGAUCCCGCCUGUAAAGUGAUCACCGUUCAACUUGCCUACGCGUUCCCCGCAGAAUAUGAUCUGCUACAAUCGAAACCGAUGGCCAGCAUUGUUUCGAGUUUAACUUCGCCUAAAUUACAUCUAGUCACAUGUUUAGCCGCAUCUAGAGUUUUCUUUGACGAAUACCCCUUAACAAGUUUUCCUUCGUCGUGCAUAAAAUAGCUAACAAUUAUUUGUGUUUGACGGGAGGAGCGGAUAUUACUAAAAUGCGUACAAAACUCGGGUGCCAAAUUUCCGUAUGGUUUAUAAAUAUGGCGACUCAAGAGGCGCUUUACGACAGAGUAAAACAGUCUUGUCGGUUACGGAGCCGCAUCGGCCUUAAUUUCGCUUAUACAAAGGGGCAAUAAGUGCAGAUUAAAAAGAAAAAGUUGAUAAGCGCAUCCAUGGUAUGGUGGAGCCAGGGGAAAGAUGAGAAGAACAAGGACGAGCUGCAAACAUUUUUUAAGAGUUUCGGGCUGAAGACUCCCCAAAAAUAUCGUUUCAUCCUUGUUAAGUCUCCAAGUAUUCAAAAGCUUGCGCGUCAUUUUUUGAACAAAUUGUCAGGAUUUCCAGUUUACUUGAGAAAAUUUUUUCUUGUCGAUGAAAACUUUCUAUUUAAAAGAAAUGAAAACAAAAGUACGUUUACUUCACGUGCAUGUUUCCGUAUUCCAGGCCGUCAAAGUUCCCGGAUGACCAGUCGGUCAGGUGUAUCUUCAGCAGCGAGCAGGGCUUCAACUUCUGCCAGCUCAGCAACAAGUCGCAGCAGCAAACCUCACUGGAAAUAA